UGCUCAGCCCCGCCUGGAGUAGAGCUUUGCUUGGCAUCCAUCAAAAGAUUCUUAUCUUUUAAAUGUAAACAAAUCGAUAACGGUAUCAUUACUCUACCUACCUACUUUUCAUAACAUCCACUCCUCAAUUCACACCUUCAGCCAACCAACCAAGCAACCAACCAAGCAACCAACCAACCAACCAUGUCUCUCAUUCAACGUCUUCCCUUCCUCCUCCAUUCCCUCAUCGAAAUCCCCGCCUCCUUGAAUUUCUUCUUCAAUCCCUCGUCCCAACUUUCUCUCCCAGCACCACAAGCCCACGCCGUCAUUCAACAGUAUGCGAUUCUUCUCUUCGUUUCCUGUCUCAUCUCACUCAUAUUCACCCGGCGACCGGUUGAUCGAACAAGUCGCAAUGUCGCCGGUGCAUUAUCAUUGUAUCAUAUCGCUCCUGCACUAAGAGCUACGGGCAGAAUCUUAGGAGGAGAAGGGUUUGGAAAAGGCGCGAAAGGUCUAGGAGGUCCUUGGGUGCAUUUGAUGGCACAUUUUAUUUGCUGCGUUAGUUUGUUAAGGCUUUUCUUGUCGCGGAGAACGAGAAGAUGAGGAAUGCUUACUUUGACGUCCCGUUCCAGAUCCUUGAAGAAUCUUCGUGUUCAUUCUUUCUGAACGGAUAUGAACCGCCAAAUCUUCUAGAAUCAUACGUUGACAGAAUGCUGUUGUUAAUUUUGCAAUGUUUCCCUUCAUCAUUCGCAUUUUUAGCUUUCCUGCAUCAAUCAAUUGCGUUUUCAAUUCAAUUUGAUUAUAGGAAGCCAAAUUUGGCCCUGUUAUUUUU